AUGAUUGAUGAUAUGAUAAUUUCAUUGAUUUAUCAAGAAGCAGACGAAAAGUUGUUGAACACCUUAUAUGAGAUAUUUACGUAUCUCAAUAGUGCAAAAUUGGCUAGAUUUACAUUAGAAUACUUGAUAAGCGGAAACGACGAAAGUGAUGAUUUGUUUGGAUUAAUACCCGUUGAGAACUUGUGUAAACAAAAGUAUAAGCUAUUAUUGCAGAGACUUCAUAUUUCAAAACCAUCAUCAUCUGACGGAUAUGAUACAAAGGAAUUAGAACGAAUAAAAGAAAAGCUAGCCUUCUUAGAACCCAUAAAGGCCGAUUAUAAUACACUGAUUGAAAAUACAACUAAUUUGAAGACCGUAAAUAUAAAUAUUGAAUAUGCUCAACGUGACCUUAAUUGGACUUCUGUUAUUAAUGACAUCAAUAAGACAGUUAAACACUUACAAGAUAAAGAAAAAUCACAAGAAUUAUCGAGAUUAAGAAUUAAAGAUUUGGAUCCGUAUUUACUAACUGAAAAUCCAAUAGAGAGAGUUAGAUUUACCAUUCCGGUCCCCGAGGAUGAUUCCGCACACGAUGAAACAAACCUUGAUGUGGAGAAGAACAACUUAAAUGAAGUAGAUAAAGAGAAUAAUGAAGCUCCAGACGGAGAAACUCUAAUCGAUGAGGUUUCUAACCAUAUCAACUCCGACGAUGAAAUAUUUGUAGAGGCAAAAGAAUUUUUGGGGAAAGAAAUAAGCGAUGGAAAAGAAACACAAGACUCAAAGGACACCUCGGAAAAAGAUGUAGAGGGAUCUACAUGCGCACCUGAUCAUAUACUUGUCAAUAGAGAACUUAUAGAAGGAGAAAAGCUUAUGUCUGAAGAAAAUGCAGUAUCAAAAUCUGCACCCAUAAUCCAAAGAUCAUCGAAAAGAGUAAGAUACAGAAAUGAGGAAUCAUCUAUGGAAACGAAAGACGUAGAGAUAACAAGAAGUUGUUUUGUUGAGACAGAUCGUUUUUUUGAGAGUUUGAAUCUGUAUUUAGACCUUUUUAACAAAGAGGCUGCCACAAAUCUAGCGCUUAGGAAUAUAGUUAAUAUUUAUGUUCCUGAAAAUAACAAUAACGAUGAAAAUAGGACAGAAGGCUAUGUUAAUGACUUUUUGUUUAUUCUUAACGAUUGGAAUACUAGAAAGUAUACCCAUUCUUUAUUUGUGGAUGAUGAUGCUCCAGCAGGCUCAGCAGCUAGUAAAUCUACGGAAGAUGAAAAAAUCAAGUUAAUGGAAGUGUUGAGUACGUUUGGAAAUAAGGGAGAUUCGUUAAACCUGGAUUUAUCUAAGGAUAUAAAAGAUAUUUCGUCGUACGAAACUACUGAAGAGAUCCAAAAAUUUCUACAUGAUAUAAAUGAAAACCCAUGCCACUACGAAGAACUUAAGCUACUUAUUUUACGCAAACUUUUAAGUAUCCAAUGCCCUAAAGGGGAUUUUAAAGGACAUGGAGCAUAUUGUUUAAUAACUGAUACAAUUUGGAACCCUAAGCUUUAUGAUAGGAUUAAGGAAUGGACAAUACAAUGCGAAUCAAUUAUUUUGAAUCAUUUAAAGAUGGAGGGUUGCGAUGCGCUAAGUACAAGUCGUAUGAUUGAUGAUUUCUCGUUUUCUGUGGCUAUAUAUGAAAUAUUGGUGGAUACUUAUAUUUCGAUUAAGGACCAGAUAAAUAAUAUGACAUCUUUAAAUUACAAAAGGACUACUCAUAAACCGAAUAAAGCCACCUUAAACAAUAUUUCUUUAGAAUUAGUCAAAAUUGGAGACAAAUUAUACCGAUGGACUCAGCAUUUCGAGGACUUAUUCGAGAAAAUAGAUUUAUCUUGUGCCAUGCUGAACCAAGAUUUUUUUACACAUUACUGCAGAUAUAAAUGGUCUUUUAUAUAUAAGGAGAAAUCGCAAAAUACAAUAUGGCAGGAGAAAGAGUUUAUAAUGUCUCAGCUACACGAAUUACAUGAUAAUAUUCUGACAAGAAAAGAAGGUGAGGCACAUAUUUCUUUACCAAAUUAUGAAAAUAUUAAUGAAAUAAGUGUCGACACUAUCAAAACACAGGUAACAACAACGUCAAUAUUAUCAAUAUUAGCAAAGAUAUUAUAUGCUAAACCGGGAACAAAUAAUGAUGAGGCAAUACAUCUUUUAGAAACUAUAUUAAUUAGCGAUUCAUCUCCUAAUGAAUCAAUUGAAGCAUUGCCCCUAAAUAAAGAGGUUAAUACAUUUGAUAAGGAUGCCCUUGUUGCCAUUAAAGAUUUUUUGGAAGAAUCUCCAGUUGAUAUGAAGUUAAGCUCAUGGAAUAUUUUAUUCCUGUAUUACGAUGAAAACAACCAGUUUGCUAAGUUCCAACAUGGAUUCGAACAAAAUGUAUCCUUUAUCUUAAACUAUUUGAACAGUAAAACAUAUAAUGCACUUACAGGUACAAAGUUUGAAACUUUGGCAAAAGUAUUAGGUUCAUAUGGUAAACAUGUUCGGAUCUUUUUAAGCCACUUGAGAGAGAAUAAUUGGAAACUAUCCAGAGAUCUGCAUAGAACACCACUAUCUAUUGAACGUACGUUCAGUGAAUUGCUUAUGCUUUUUGAACUAUUCUACUUGUUUAGCAUUCACGAAGAGGCUGCUUUAAUAUCAAGUUCUAAGUUGUCUGUUAAAGCUAGAUCGAACAAAGCAUAUGAGCGGUUCAAAGAUAUAUUCAUAAGUACAGUCUCAGUAAUUGUUAUCUACUAUAAAGAAUUAUUAAUGAAUACUGUUAAAAUAGAAGAAGGUAAAGUACCCAGUAAGAUUGAAAAAACUAUUGGUAAUCUCAUAUGUGAUUUCCAUGAACAAUUAGGUUGGAGAAGGGUAUGUGAUUCUGCAGAAGGAUUAUUUUUGAACUUGGCUCAGGAUAUAUUGGUAGCAUUCGAUAAUAAUAUAUUCGAGAAACAGUUAGCUCAACUUAUUUCAUGUCGGUAUCAUUAUAGCGUCAGCAUUGAUACUUUUACACCGUCAGAUCACGAAACUAAAAAGACUGCUGAAUUUGAUUUAUCAUCCACACAGAAAAUGGCUGAUUUUAUUUUGCCCUUGUGCUUCAAGAAGAAUCCGUUAAAAGCAACGCCCAAAUCGGACAUGAAAUUAUUAAUUGACGAAUUUUAUGAAGUUGUAGGAGAUCCUGAUUUUGAUUCAUGUGAAAUCCUCAGUAGGAAUGACUCUUUAUUUGAACAUUUUCUUGAAUCAACAUCAAUUACUUCUAGAUUUCUUCGUGAUACAUUUUACGGGUUGGAAGAAUUAGAUUUCCGUAAUCCACCUGAUAACGCUAAUAUAAUUCGAAACGGUUUAUAUUAUAUGCAAGGGCUAUUGAUGUUUGCUUCUUACAAGAUUAGGAAAAAAUCAACCCAAAGUAGGGCUGUUGAACUAGAAAAUAUUAUUAUGUUGUUGAAAAAUGAUUUAAUUUACUGUACGAAUAGAAUGGAAAGUUGGUUUUUAUUGGGUCAAGCGUAUGGAUUUUUGGUUGAAGAUGAUUUGAUAUGGACAUCAGAUAAGUUAACAGUACCAGAAAGAAAGAUAGGUACAGCAAACCUUCAAAGAAAAUCAUUGAUAUGUUAUUUGAUGGCUAUUAAUGAAUCGACGAAGGCAAAGACAAAGGAGAAUCCCCCCUUGAAAACUACAAUAGGGUCUCUUAUGGCAUUGUUCUCUAAAGAAAUGUAUAAUGCAGCAAUGAAGCCGAUGGAUAUGCAUGCAUUUAAAGUUCAGAAUAAUCCUCGGUUUAUAAAAAAACCCACUGGUGCUACUUUUGUCAGCGUAUCUACAAGUUCUGUGAAUUCUAACCUCUGCUUGAAAGUUAUUCAACAAUCAUUACAUAUAGCUAUCAAGUCGAAAAGAAAUGAUUGGACAUAUUAUUAUUACCUUUCUAAGGUUCAAAGAAAAUUGAAUAAAUCACCGGAAAUAGUUCUAGAUACGUUGCAACAAGCUUCGAAGAUAGCUAAAGAGCAAUCAAAUCCAUCAGAUCCUAUUAUUGAACCUCACUACAAAAAGUGUUCCUUAAUUUAUAAGUAUGUAAAGGAGGGUUCGUUAAGUUUUCAGUUGGGAUUGGAAUUUCUCAAAAAUGACCCGGUGAUCAAUUACGAAAAGGGCAAUAAAUCUAUCGAGAAGCCAAUAGACUUUUAUGAAAUUAUUGUGGAAUGCCUCAAGACUGUAAUAUCUUAUGAUAAAAAAAGAUGGCAUCAUAAGCCUAGGUAUAGACUAGCAAAAGUAUUAUUUGAAGAAUUCGGUGAAAUCACUGAGGCGAAAGAGGAAAUUUCAUCAAUCGUGUCAUUGAAAUCAACAAAUAAAACGUUGGUUCUGAUAUGGAAACCCGAAAAUGAAAGACCAGGGAAACACUUCUACUAUACAUUCCAAUAUGCACAUUUCUAUGUGGUAUUGCUCUCGAGUGAAAGGAAUUUAAUAGGCCUAAUACAAAUGCUUCCGAAGUUACGACGUUCGAAUUCAAUUAUGGUAUCGCUAUAUACCUUAUGGGAAACAUUAUGUUCAUCAAUUUGUAAAAUCAUCAGAAAUCUGCUUAAAGUUGAUGAAGGUUUUACGGAAAGAUUCAUGCUGUCUCUAGCUUACCAGAAAUUUAUGGUGAAUUCAAAGUCAUUUUUAGAAAAAAUGAAGGGUGAUGGGGUACCUGGAGAGUUACAGACACAUUUAUGUUUCCUUCAUGCUAUUACUGAUAUGAAAAAAUUAAAUAAUGGAUUCGGCCCAACAUCAUUAAUUGACGACACAAUGGUCGCAAUUUUUAUUAGAAUCUAUUUGCAUUUUGAGAAACAACUGAAUAGUUUGAAACCAAUGGGCACCCCUGAACCAACAGAAUCUCCGAAUGAAAAGACUAAAAAGCUUGCUAAAAGAGAUUUUUUCCCCCUCAUUUCUGAUAUGUUGAAGACUUUCAGAAGGGAUAUCGAGAAUAUUUUAAAAGAUCAGCCCAGUAUUUAUAAUGACUUUGUAACUUGCUCAGAUAAAGAAGUAGAGAAGGAAGAUGAUGUCAAUUCUAAAAUCUUAGAAGAAAAACAAAAUAGGGAAGGAAUUAAAACACCUGAAUUAAAUAUGGAUAGUGCCAAUAUUGAGUUUGUGUCAGAUAAACAUAUAACUCAAAACAAAAUAGAAGCUGAUACUAUUCUUCAGGAAAACAAUGAUAAAUCUCCAAAAUAUGAUGACCCUAAUGGUAAUGAAAAUUCUAUUGCUGAUUCUAGAGUGAGAACACUAGAUGAAAUGUUAUUUAAUAAGAACUUAGAUAAAGAGGUUCAAGGAGAGUCCCCGACGGCAAAAAAACAAAAGUUGAGUAGUGAUCACCAUGACUCUGCAUCAGAGUAA